CGGCUGGCGGUAAUUUGAGAAUGUCAAAGAAACGUCAAACCAUUUUGUUCUUCAUUAUCAUUUAUCUGAGGUAAAAUAAAAUAUCCAUCGCAAAAAGGACAUUAAUCUUCAUACGCUUCUGCUCGACGGCGGAAUCCAAGGAAUUAUUGUAGUAUAGUGUCUAAUAUGCUAUACGAAUGUUAGGUUCGACGAACUCAUCCCUCACACAGUUCCAAAAGCAUAUACUUGUGGAAAAUGUGGCACGAGGCACGCAAGCAAGAACGCCGUAUACGCGGUAUGAUUGUAGACUAUCGCAAACGUGCGGAGCGUCGUCAGGACUUUUACGAAAAAAUUCAAGCGGACCCCACUCAAUUCAUUCAAGUACAUGGCCGUCGGUGUAAAAUACAUCUCGAUCCAGCUACAGCUGCCGCCGGAGAUGGAGCCGCCAUCAUGCAAUGUGCCCUGGCAAGGUCAACAGGAUAAUCUAAUCGAUCGCUUCGAUGUACGUGCACAUUUGGAUUAUAUACCGGCGAUACCAAAAGUAAAUGAAGCUGAGAGCACCGAAGUAUCGGUGGAGGAACGUCAAUGCAAUUAUGAACGUUACCGCAUUUUGGCCCAGAAUGAUUUUCUAAAUGUAACGGAAGAAAAAUUCCUACAUCAACUGUACUUAGAGGAGCAAUUUGGUGCAAAUGCGCAACUGGAAGCUAUCGAACGAAGUUCAAGUAAAAAGAAACAAUCAAAAAGUGGUGUGAGCAUCGGCUAUAUUUAUGAAGAGGGAGUGGCAUCGACAACAGCAGGUAGUCAUCCUUUUCAUCCAACAACUCAGGAGAAAACAACCGGAAAAUCUGAAAAAGGAUCUGACUCAGAAUCCGAUUCAGAUAUGGAUAUGGAUGUUUCUAUUGAUAUUUCAAAGUUGGACACUUCACAAGCGCAUGAGUUAAACGGUUGUGGUCGUAAUUAUGGUAUGGUAAGCAAUGACUUUUACUCAUAUUUGACAAAAGAUGCGGACGAGGCCGAGGCUUUACGUAUUGCACGUGAAGAAGAACAAGAAAAAAUGCUCUUAAGUGGGCGCAAAUCUCGUAGGGAGCGCCGAGCACAAAAAGAACGCCGUAUUGCUUGUCGUCCAUUUAGUCCGCCUAGCUAUGCAGCGAAAGAAGAUAGUGCUGCGAAAAAGGAUAAAGACGAAGAAAGCGAAUCCCGUUCACCAUCACCUGACCCCAAUGCUGGAAAAAUUACAUACAUUACAUCUUUUGGAGGUGAAGACGAAUUGCAGCCACACUCGAAAAUUUCAAUCAGUAUUGGACGUACACCACAAACGCUUGGCGAAUCUUGCGCUGGUGUCUCAGCAACAACCGGUGCAUUAACACCACAAAUUACCUAUGCACAAAAGGUAAAAGAGAAUUUGGAAAAACUCAAACAGUUAAAUGAAGGUACAAAACGUUCAACCGCUAUGGGUAAAACCAGUCAUUCAAGUCGAUCGCGUAGUCGUUCAAGAAAGCGCACACGCAGUCGAAGUCGUAGCCGUCGUCGAAGUAAAAGACGUAGUAGGGAACGCCGAAGACGACCCUAUUCACGUUCACGAUCCCGUUCACGCUUACGAAGUCAAAGUCGAAGCCGGCGUCAUCGGCAUAGAAGGUCACGCUCCAUUUCCUAUGAACGUUCGAGACGCAAAAGACGUUCCAGACGUUCAAGCACUGUUUCCGACUCGUGUUCCAGAUCUCGCUCGCGAUCACGUAGUGGCCACGGUGGUGUACAUAAACGACGUUAUAGAUCAACGAGCAGCUCUUCACAUCGCUCCAGACGACGUAGUAGUCGUUCCGUUUCCAGCGGCAGCCGGCACUCCGAGCGCAAGCGCAAACAAAACUCAAAAUACAGAAAGUCUCCUAUAGUGGAACGUCGACGUCCGCGUACACGUACACGUUCAAGAUCUCGCACGAAAACGCUUAACAUGCCACCUAUUGCAGGCAGUGCUGGUACAUCACAAAAUAUUGCUAAAGGAAAAUCCAUCAUUCAACCCGUAAUUAAUACAAUGGAAGCCGCAACAACAAGCGCUGUCGUUGCCACCUCUGCUACGCCUAUGGUUAGUUAUCCGUUAUCCACACGUAUAACUGCCAUGUCCACCGCAGUAGCCGCGGCAGCUAAAGAACCGCCACCACCGCCACCACCAGUCGAUGCUAAGGGCUCAAGCACACAAUCAACAGCAGCUGCUGAUAGCGUAGUGGCAAUGAAUGUAUUGCCACAAGUGGUUGAACCACCACCACCACCGCUUAAGCGCUACUAUGGACGUAAACGUGGAGAUGACUCAUCGGACUCGGACAGCGACACUGCAUCCGACACAAACGCAGAAGAGAAAGACAACGUGAAACAGCAAGCACCACUCAGCGGCGAUGGAAAUGACAGUGACGAACGCAUGGAUGUGGAUACUACCUCUGAACGUUCCAACCCUUUGCCAGCAUCAUCAACGUCAACCACUGGUAAACAAAUAGGCAAAUAUUGCACUACUGCUCCGGCGAAAACCAAUCCAAGUUUUUCUAAUGCUACCGAAACCAAAACUACAUCAUCAUCAUCUUCAGCAGCGCCACAGAGCGGCAGCAGUCGUUUGAAUUUGCGCGAACGACUGAAACGCAAAAUGCAAAAUUUACUCAACAAGCAAUACAAAGCGGAUAAACGUGCUGAAAUCGAGAAAUGGCAACGUGAACGCCAAUUGCAACAAGAACGUGAGGAUGAGAUGCGCGAAAUGGCACUGAAACUAAGACGAAGGCAACGUGAGCUACGCCAUCGCUAUGGUACGCCAUCAAGCGGCAAGGAUUCAGAUAGUGAUGCUUCGGCUGCUGCAAAAUCCACACACCAACCAACACAGCGGCGCAGCAAAUCGGCUAGCAGCGGUCCCACCACUGUUCCUGUAACGGAAAAACAACCAACACAAAGUCAUCAGCCAGCUGCCAGUCGUGGGAAAGAUGAAACGCCGCAUGAACAAUACCAUUCGUCAACGUCGCAUGUACAUCCAAGGACUAUGCAACGCAGUAGAAGUCGCGAGGAGCGUUCGCAUCGUUCGCGCAGUCGCAGUCAGUCCUAUUAUCAAAUGCAGCGUUCAGCUGCACCUGAACGCCGCUCACGUUCACGAUCGCGUAAUCGUCGUAGCGCUUCGAGGCGCAGACGACGCAGUGCGUCGCGUUCGCGCUGGCAACGUGAUACCAGCCGUGAGCGCGCUUCGCGUCAUCAACGCACACAACGUUACGACGAACGCGAACGUGAACGUGAUAGGGAUAGAGACCGGGGGAGACGUUCACGUUCUAGGAAUGAACCACGCUCACGUGAAAGCUAUCGUGAUCGUGAUAGAGAUAGGGAACGCGAGCGGGACAGGAAUAGGGAACGUGAUCGUGAACGGGAGCGUGAUAGAGACAGAGACAGAGACAGAGAACGCGAUAGAGAUAGGGACAAAGAGCGGCAUCAGCGCGAUGCGCCCAGUAGCCGACAAGAAGCUGUUACCAGCAGUGGCAACAAUACAAAUAGUAGUAAUAGAAACCGGAUUGUCAUAUCGGCACCGCCGAAACUCAAGAAACUAGUUGAUUACUAGACUAAGCACUGAAAGACACGGUUUCGGUUUCUUUUGUUGACUAUUUUUUUAUACAAAUAAGGGUUGAACUGUUUAAAUAUAUUAACUUCAUUAAUAAUUUGAAGAAUUAAUUCAUAAUAAAGACCAUUGAAUUGUUGGUACAGUA